GGCGCAGGUGAGUGAAUUUCUAACUUUUCACUUUGAUAACGUUGAUUCUAUUAAUAUUUGUCACAAGUCGAUUCUCCGGCCAUUUAUUUGCCGAUAAUAGCUUACCUUUACCUUCAAUGAUUUUCAGGUAAACGGGAGCAGAAUCCACUGAAAGGCUGGUGGCUCCUUUGAUCAUGCAAACAUGGAUCAGGGCUGUGAUAAGGUCAACAAUGAGGGCGGUAAGCUGACACACUACGAGGGCACAGAGAAGCUUUUAGAACUAUGGUUUGAUAUCAUUACCCUGGAAAAUGGAGAGGUUAAAACGCCUAAGUUGCCGGAUGACCUCCGAGUCAUUCCAAGAGAUGAGAUUGCUGAAAUGCUUGUCAAAGUGAAGUGUGAGAUCGUCAGCUUUUCAGAGAGAGAUGAGCAGCAUGCGUAUGUAUUGAGUGAAAGUAGCCUUUUCAUCAGCAAGAGACGCUUGAUCCUAAAGACUUGCGGCAUGACCACCAUUCUAGCUAGUCUUGACCCUCUUAUCACCUUGGCUGAAAAGUACUGCAACUUCAAAGUAGUUGAUAUAUUUUACUCCAGGAAGAAUUUCAUGCGACCGGAUCUUCAGCACUCCCUCUAUAAGAGUUUUGAGGAUGAGGUCAAGUACCUCGAUUCAAUUUUUGAGCGAGGCGCUGCCUAUGUCUUGGGGAGGAUGAAUGGGGACUGUUGGUAUCUGUACACAUUGGACAACUCCAGUAUUGAACAACCUGAUCAGACUCUGGAAAUCCUCAUGACCGAGCUAGAUGAUGAAGUCAUGGCCCACUUCCAGAACACCGCAGGACGCAAGUCAGAAGCAGUCACUAAGGACAGUGGAAUAGCUGAUCUUUUGCCAGAUUGCAUGAUUGACGGCUUUGUAUUUGAUCCAUGCGGCUACUCAAUGAAUGGACUGCUAAAAAAUGAUGGCUACGUCACUAUCCAUGUUACACCAGAAAAGGAAUUCUCCUAUGUCAGCUUUGAGACCAAUGCUUCCAUGGAGGAGUAUAGUAGCCUAGUUGAGCGAAUCCUCACCACCUUCAGGCCUGGGAAAUUUGUUAUGACGCUCUUCACUAAUGAGCAAGCAGCAUGCCGGUCAAGUCGUGGAGCCUUGAAGGAGACUUUCCUUGACCGCUACACCCGCCAAGAUCGCCAGUACUCUGAGUUCAAGAACUAUGACCUUACCUUCGGCCAUUACAUCAGAGACAAGAAAGCGUAAGGUCAUUCUUUAGACCUCUUCAAAAAUUGAUUCAGUUGAUCUCAUACAGAAUUUUUUCUUAUUUUGCAUCUUAUAAUCAUGUUUAUUAUUGAUUGAGGCAAUUUUGAAGGGGAAGGAACGUGUAAUUACUCUUCUGGUUAUAAUUAUAUUCUUGAUAUUAAUAGUGAUAUUGAUGGUACUUCAUGAUUAACCUAUUUGAUUGAAUGUUAUGAUAAUAUAUGAUAUUUCUUGAUGCUUUAUGGUUGUAUUUAAAUGUUUGGGUUAGUGCCUUCAAGUAAAACUUAAUAUACUGAUUAUAUUUCAGAAGUCUUUGAUUUUAAGUUUAUUUAAUUCAUCAUGUUAAUGUAACUUUUAUCUUAUCUUAUGUUUUAUCUUUUUUUCAUAUUGCGUGGUAAUGUUAACAAAUGAUUCUCCAAAUAUUUUUCCUGUGAAUUUCAUACUAUUCUCUGAUUUUUUCUUGGCACCGAUUUCAAGUGGGCAUUGCUCUGACACGCAAUCUAGUUCAUUGACUCGGUACCAACAACAACAAAACAUCCAUCUGAAAUUACACUCUCUCCUUAUUCCUAAAGAAAUAAGAUCGCACUUCACCCUAGGUUCCAACUUCUAUUAUAAGAGCAGAGCUUCAGACAGAAAAACAACAUUGAAGAGAUAUUGAUGCAAACUUCCUCAUUUGCACCUUCAGAGAAAAGAUAUACAUUUACAGUUUCUCUAAAUUCAUAAUACUAGCCAUCACGAAUCAAAUCUAAUAAGAACAAUAUAUUUCCAGUGCUGAAUGUUGUCCGAUUCCUUUCAUAAUAAAAGCUGUUUAAGCCAGUUAUUUCAAUUUCUAAAUCAGCCUUGCAGCAUAAACAAGUAAACCCACAAACAAAAAAUCAGUAUUAAAAAUGUAAAUUGGCAAUGUUUUACUGAAACGUUGCUGUCAUCAUUCAUUUGACACCAUUUCAUACCCAUGUCAAUUUGUGUGAACUUGGAAAGUCAGUAUUUAUUUUUUAAAUGUUGCCAAUUUGAGGAGGGAUAGGAGAUUAAUAUCCAUGUAGAUCUAAGGAAAAAUUAAUUUUUCUAAAGGUUAAAUCGGAUGUGUGGAAAAGUGAAUGUGUAGUGUAUGCUCAUUGGUGGACAUAAUGUGAAAGAUUAAAGAUAGAUACAAAGAACACAGUGGACACAAGUUAUCCGUUGAUAUCCAUCUAUUUCUUUUUAUUUCAAGCAAUAUCACAGUAAUCAUAGUGUAUCGAUUUUGGAAAGCAAGAUUUAACAGAUCAGAUUUGGACUUUGCCAACAGGAUCUGCGCAUUCUCCACUCUGGGGAGUAUUCAGUAUCCACUAUCUAUGGUGCUUCCCGAUUGCAAGUUUGACAUUUCUACAAAAUGUCCACAAAGGUGACAUAUAUAAACCGAUUGGGCAAGUCAGCCAUUUAACUUACAUGGACCUGUUACCAUGCAGUUGUACAGCUGAGUGGGAGCUUUAAGCUGCAGCACAAAAGCAUGACAAUUGAUAUCUUUGAGUUAAUAUCAUGCUCUGUCCAUGUACAGUGCAUAUAUACAUUUCAAAGGCGAUACAAUAUGUUCAUUCCAUACAAGUUGUUCUAAUUCUAUUUGCAAUAAAUGAGCUCUCUGUUUAUAGUAAGGCCUGCUUACUGUUUUUACAACACAUAAAUUAGAUUAUUUUUUUGUGAUAGUCACAGAGCAAAUUUCAUAAUUGAUGAGAAUGAUAAACAUAUAUAUUUUGGCACGUUGUUUCAUCAACAACACAGGUGAACUAAGCAUUGAAAAAUAUAAAAUGACCUGUAUAAGGCUGUUUAAAAGAAUUACACUUCGUAAAUGUUCCUGCCAUCGUAAAUUAUACAUUUUAUAUUUACAUGUAGGUGUUGAUAUUCCUGACAAAGUAUCAAAAGCACCAAAAGAGAGAUACGACAGAAAACAUGACAAAUUUUCUUUGCCUUGUUCACAUUAACCCUUUUAAUGCAAACUUGAAAAAUGAAUUAUUCUAAACUAUAGGGUCCCUGUACAGGGUGUACAUAUAACUAGAGGUGUUGUGGCUCAGUGGAUAAGUAUCUAGACUUCAAAAUGAAAGGUCAGGAGUACUUAUCCCACCGUGGCACUUGCGUUUUUUGGCAAGGUGUUUAUCUACAUUUGCCACUCUUCACCCAGGUGUAGUAAAUGGAUACCCGGUAGGAAGGAAUUCCUUGAAUGCUUGAUGCGCCUGAUCAGGGUAGCCGUGAUAAAGCCAGGGUAAUAGUAUGCAGCGCUUAGAAACAUUGUAUUUAGCACUAUGAAAAUGUUGCAUGUUAUUAAGAUUCAUAAUUAACUUUACCUCUUGCAUUGUUUGGGUUAACCUGCAUAAAGCAAUGAAACUUGAAAAUUAAUAAAUCACUGUCAUUAUCAUUAGUUAAAAGUAUACUAGAGUAUACUAUGUUUAGCUACAGGGUCUAAGUACGAGGUGUGCAUAUACCGGUAAUAGAAGUUUACCUCUCUUAAAACUUAAGUUUGAGUUCUGUUAUAGAAAUCUAAUUUCGUUAGGAAAUGAUUGGAAGCAGUACUGCAGUAUUUGUCAUAUGCCAGAAUGUUUAUUGAGAACAAAGUUAAAUUGAAAUAAUUCAUGCUUGCUUGGAAUCAUAUUCAUUUCAUUACCAUUUGCUUUUCCCUGUGUAGCUAACACAGGAAACAGCAUGUGGGACCGCACCAUAAACAGACAGGCAUUUUCAUUAAUUUUUCUGUUCAUCGUUCGCUAAUUACUCUGUAAUUAUACAUUUUUCUGAAGGAAAAAAAUUGGCAGAUAUCUUUUUAUUUUCAUAUUUCUGUGUAAGAUUUGUGUAAUUCUGUAAGCGUUUUUAUUUUCUGUUUUUUGUCCAUUACCAGACUUUAUCUUUGAAAAGAAGCUGAUGUAAUAUGAAAUAUACCUCUAUAUUGCUGCAUACAUUGAUGUAGAUAGAUGGCCAUGGCCAGUACCUCUAAAAAAAACAAUGUUUGCAUGGUCCAUCAUUUCUUGGUAAAGUAUUCUAUUGUAUGUCAAGCUGAAACCUUUUUUUUCCUCUUCAGGCAACUGUUCUAAAUGUGCAGGAAGUGUUAUGUAAAACAAACUAUUUAUAAAAGUAAAAAAGUAUUGUUUUCUGUGUUCUAACCAGUUUUUUAGAUAUAAUUCUAAUCUGAGAAUAUAAGAGGUUGAAAAUUCCACACAAGACGGAAAAGUGCCUGUGUGCUGUAACUUUCAAAUCUGUGUGUGGAUUUCAUUCAUGUAUACAUUAUACAUGAUGGUAAAUUUGGAAAAUUACAUUAAAUUCUGUAAUAUUUAUGAUAUGUAUGUGUAUUGGUGAAUGGAAUAAUAUAGAAUCUUUGGUAACAAGAA